AUGUCUUACCAACAAGAACGUUACAUCGCCGAACUCGCCGUCCAGCGUGCCACCCUCCUCACCCAGAAGGUGUUCCACGAGAAGGCCAAGGGUACCGUUUCCAAAGAUGACAAGUCGCCCGUUACAAUCGGUGACUUUGGAGCCCAGGCUCUGAUCAUCCAGGCUAUCCGCAAAAACUUCCCCGAGGACGAAAUCGUUGCCGAAGAAGAGGCCAGCUCCCUUCGUGAAGACAAGGCGCUGAGUGCUGAGAUUUGGAGAUUGGUUCAGGACAUCAAGUUGGAGGAUGCUGAGAGCGACAACCUGCUCGGCGGCCCAUUGCCCAGUGAGGAGACGAUGCUGGACAUCAUCGACCAGGGCAAGAGCGUUGGAGGAUCAAAGGGCCGCAUCUGGGCUUUGGACCCUAUUGACGGCACCAAGGGUUUCCUCCGUGGUGGCCAGUAUGCGGUCUGCCUCGGCUUGAUGGUGGAUGGUGAUGUCAAGGUUGGAGCCAUUGGUUGCCCCAACCUGCCCGUUGAUGAUGCUGCUCUUUCUGCUGGCAUUGGCGCUGACCAGACCGACGCUGCUGGCAACGGUGUUCUCUUCUCCACCAUCCAGGGCGAAGGCUCCAUCAGCCGCCCUCUUACCAACAACAAGCUCGCCGAGAGCAAGCCCAUCUCCAUGCGCCCCGUGCCCGAUGUUUCUCAGGCCGUUUUCUGCGAGGGUGUGGAGGCUGCCCACUCCGCCCAGGGCGACAAUGCCGCUGUCGCUCAGCUCCUCGGAAUCACUGCCUCCAGUGUGCGAUUGGAUUCGCAGGCCAAGUACUGCUCGAUCGCCAGAGGUGCCGGUGACAUCUACCUGCGAUUGCCCGUCAAGAAGGACUACCAGGAGAAGAUCUGGGAUCACGCCGCCGGAGAUCUGCUUGUUCGCGAGGCAGGUGGCCAGGUUACUGAUAUCUACGGCCAGCGAUUGGACUUCAGCAAGGGCAGAACUUUGGCUGCCAACAAGGGAGUCGUUGCUGCUCCCAAGGCCCUUCAGGACCAGGUUAUUGGUGCCGUGAAAACAGUUCUCAAGCUGUGA